AUGCCGUCCGUACAGCACGUCAAUGGAGAGGAUGGGUAUGCUGGCAACGACACCAAGAUCUUUGGCGGAGACUCGUCUGCUCGGUCAAGGCUAUUAGAGCCCUUGACCUAUUCUGGCUCUCUGGAGGGCUACAAGUACCAAGACUUGACACCAGUCAUUGGGCGCGAGUUUGAAGGCCUCCAGAUCACCGACUUGCUUCAACAAAGCGAUGCCGUGAUUAAGGACCUAGCUAUCACUGUAUCUCAACGCGGAGUCGUUUUCCUGCGCAACCAAGAUGUCACACCGACCCAAAUGCGCGACCUAAUGCUACGCUUGACGGAACUCUCAGGCUGCCCCUCAUCAUCCAGCCUCCACGUCCACCCCCUCACAGAAGAAGGCUCUGAACUUGGCGACCAAAUCUCCGUCAUCAGCAGCGAAAAGCAAAAGAAAGGCGGUGGCCUCACCCACCAGCUCUCCGACGUAAGUCGUCUUGCAUCUGCAGGCUGGCACAGCGACAUUACCUUUGAGCCUGUGCCGUCCGACUACGCCAUGCUCAAGAUCCACACGCUGCCUCCUACUGGCGGUGAUACUCUCUGGGCCUCUGGCUACGAAAUCUACGACCGCUUGUCUCCCGCAAUGCGCACGUUUCUCGAGGGCCUGACCGCCACACACGACGCAAAGUUCUUUUUGGACGAGGCCGAGCGUCUGGGAAACCCGCUUCGCAAGGGCGUUCGAGGGAACCCGCUCAACUACGGAGAUUCACUGACAGCCACGCAUCCUGUUAUUCGAACGAACCCCGUCACAGGCUGGAAAUCCGUCUACGUCAACAAAGGCUUCACCAAGCGCAUCAACGGCAUCACAAAAGACGAAUCCGACCUCCUCCUCCCCUACCUCUUCAACCUCGUCACGCAAAACCACGACGCCCAGGUCCGCUUCAAGUGGAACAAGAACGACCUCGCCAUCUGGGACAAUCGCAGCACCUGGCAUUGUGCUACGUAUGAUUAUGACGAGGCGAGGGCCGGAGAUCGCGUUUGCAGUUUGGGUGAAGCCCCGUUUUUGGAUCGUGAGAGUGCGAGUCGGAGGGAGGCUUUGGCGAGGGGGUGAAUGCGUGGAAGGGGAUGAGAGGGCGGUGGUGGUGCGGUGUGGAGUGGGGGGUUAGAGAAUUGCGGGAUAUAGAGAACAUAAGCAAUGAAUGUGAUGAUCAUGACAAGAAGAAGCGGAUGAAGGAGUUCCAAGUCUAAUAGCAUGACGGUGUGGCGAAUCAUGGCCACAUAGACUGCGUGUGGAUAUCCAAGUCAAC